UUUCACUUUCCUCCUCAUCUCCUAUAUAUAACCCCUUCGUCCCCAAAUUCACAUCUAAUUCUCUCACUUUGAUCAAAACCCAAUUCAGUUCUUGAAUUUUACUAUCAAACUCAAUUCAAUCCUUGAACUUUUUUUUUCUUUCAAAUUAUGGAGUGCAGGCCAUUGGAAUUAACGCUGAGCUCGGCGAAGGAUAUUAAAGAUGUGAAUAUGUUUUCAAAAAUGGAUGUUUAUGCAGAAGUUUCAAUCAAAGGCUCAGAUUAUUACAAUUCAAAUCAGAAACAAAAAACCCCAAUUGAUAAAGAUUGUGGAACAAACCCUAAAUGGAAUUACACCCUGAAAUUCACCGUCCCGGAAUCCGCCGCUCAAGAUAACCGCCUCAUCAUCGAGAUCAAGAUAAUUUCUGACCGGAGCUUCGGCGAUAAAGUGAUCGGAGAAGUUAACGUGCCGGUCAAGGAGUUAUUAGAUCGGAAAGAUGGGGAUUCGACUCUCAGUUAUGCCGUCAGAACGCCGAGCGGCAAAAGCAAAGGUACUUUGAAUUUUUCUUACAAAUUCGGUGAGAAAUUUGAAGCUCCAGCGCCGGCGAAGGCUAAAACGCAUGAGCCGGUUAUGGCUUAUCCGGCGCCGGCGGGUUAUCCUGGUGCUGGUGGUAGCUCUGGUUAUCCACCUCCUGGAGCUUACCCACCUCCCGGUGCGUAUCCUCCGCCGCCUCCUCAUAUGGAAGCGGGUAAGGCACAUGCUGCUCCGUAUCCGUACCCGCCUCCAGGUGGGUAUCCGCCGCCUCCACCGCAAUAUGGUGGGUACCCGCCUGCUCCUGGUUAUGGGUAUCCGCAGCAAGGUGGUUAUGGUGGGUAUCCGCAACAAGGUGGUUAUGGUGGGUAUCCUCCGCCUCCGAUGAUGAUGCAGCAGCCGCAGAAGCCGAAGAGGGGCGGCGGCGGGAAGAUGGCGUUGGGAUUGGGAGCUGGGUUGCUGGGUGGGCUGUUGGUUGGUGAUAUGAUUUCGGAUGUGGGUGAGAUGAGUGCUUAUGAUGCUGGUUUUGAUGAUGCUGGUGGAUUUGAUUUUUAAGUUUUUUUUAGUUUUUAAUUUUGAUUUUAAUGUUAAUUUUAUUAGCUAACUAUGAGAUGCAGAAAUUGUAUGGUUGAUCAAAGUAUAUGAUUUUGGUUGGAGUUAUUUUAAAGAAUAAA